CAGAGAAUGAAAUGACAGAAAAUGAAAUGACGCCUGUGUGUUUUUUGUCUUAGUUGAUGCAGGCUGCAGAGGGGAAGUUUAAUCCAAAGGUUCAUGUGAAGUACGACUGGAAUCUUCGACUGGAGGACAUGGAUGAGAGUGACGAUGAUCUUGACGACAAGCCAAGCCCAAUUAAGAAAGACCGGAGACCACAGAGUUUCUGUCACUCAUCCAGCCUGUCGCCUCAUGAUAAGCUCUCCCUCCCGGCUUUCUCUGGCCAGCGUGAUAAACCGCGCCUCUCCUAUGGCAUGUUCACCAAUCAGAUGUACAGUGUUUCCACGGACUGUCCCUCCUCUCCUGUUAGUGAUGCACCAACUCUACCACCCAGGAAUGCAGGAAAAGGUAAAACAGACUUCAAGAAUGCACCAGUCGCUGACAUUAUGGAAACAGCAAGCACAAAAGUUUGCGUCCUCUUCUGCUACAAGUGGACCCUGGAGCAACACUGCCCCCAGCCCCACCCCAGAUGCAUCUGUUUGCACCAGGAAAGGCUGAGAGAAGUCGGGACUUUGCAGGAUGGGAUCUUUGGUCAGACAGGUUCUCAGCUGCUGCUGCUGGGUCUCGGAGAGGUGGCUCAGGACGAUGUCUUCAGCGCCCUCCUGCUGCACCGGGAAGUACUGCUCCUCUGCCUCUUCCUCCUCCUCCACCGCUCUAGCAAACAAGCAGUUGACUGGCUGCUCCUUCUCAUGCCACUCCCGCAGCAUGUUGAUGUGAAAGUUCUGGGUGUGCUUCUUCUUGUCCGGUGUGUGGAUCUCAUAUGUGACCUUGCCGGUCCUCUGCUUGACGACGUAUGGCCCCUGACACUUCGCAAGGAGGCUGCUCUCAGAAAAACAAUUCACCACCCCCCAGUGGACAAACCCAGCCAGCCUCCAGAGCCAGUGCUGUUCCAGAAGUCUCCUCCAGGGUCAGACACACCACAGAAAGUCCCUUUAUCUGAUAAACCCCAGCCAGGGGACCUCCAUCCUAAACCCCAGGUCUCAGAAUUACCACCUAAACCUGGAGAACUACCCCCAAAACCACAGCUCUUUGACCUGCCUCCAAAACCUCAGCUGGGAGACCUCCCACCCAAACCUCAACUCAAAGACCUCCCACCCAAACCACUACUUUCUGAUCUCUCCAUCCUCAAACAUGGAGUCCCUGAACCUGCACACAAGCCCCCUCCUGGAGAGGUGGCUCACAAAUCUGAGCCCUGUGAUAUGCCAGUGACUAAUCAACAAGCUGAACCAUCACCCACUCAGUUCACCCACUCCACCAAAGACACCAACGGGAGCCUGAAAUCUGGCCCAGAAACUCCAAUACCACUUCCGAGGAAAAUCAGUACAGGUAAGAUUAAACUGCGGCGAGUAAAGACCAUCUAUGACUGUCAGGCAGAUGAUGAUGAGCUCACAUUUGUAGAGGGCGAGGUCAUUGUGGUAACAGGGGAGGAGGAUCAAGAGUGGUGGAUUGGACAUAUAGAAGGACAACCAGAGAGAAAAGGAGUUUUCCCCAUGUCCUUUGUUCAUAUCUUGUCUGACUGACACAUCAAUUACUGACCUGAGGCCCACAACCUUCCCACCUUGCUCAACUCCUCUAAAGAGAAACCUGUAAAUAGCUGUUGGAACCUCCCUGGGACUUUAAAACAAGAACCAUGAAAAGAUGCAAAAACUGAAACCUCUUAUUAACUUCUUCCCCAACAGAGGUGCAGUGUGAAUGAUGAGUAUCUAGUUUCACCAGUGCUUCCAUUCCUAUUCAGCACAGCUGAAACUGCACCCAGCAGUUAGCCACAUCCUUCAGUUCAGCUGUUUCUCCAAUGCUUUUGUAUAGGAUAACUGUACAUAUAUACACACAGGAGUUAGUGUUGUGUAAAUAUGCAAACCUGUGUUAAUGUGGCAGAAAGUAAAAUGUGUACACUUGUAUUCUGCCUGACACCAGUCCAUACCAGGGCCAGUACUGCACUAAUGCACAUGGAGCGGUGUUGGUAUUGUAUCUCAAAUGGCAUGGUGAUGGGCUGUAAUUGUUCAGGCUUAUUCCCCUACCACCUCUUUACAGACCACUCCAGUAUAUCCAGUGAUUAAAGUUAUCAGGAGUUAUGAGUUCAA